GCGGGGCGGCGCGCGGCCUAACGGCGGCGGCGGCGGCGGCGCUGGUGCGAGCGAGUUCGGCGGGUGCAGGUCCCGGCCUGCGCCUGCGGAGGACUCGGGCGGUGGGUCGAAGCGGGUGGCGCUCGCGGCAGGCUGCGCUCCGCGAUGGUGGGCGUCCCUGGAGCAGCCGCCUUCCAGCUGCUGGGAGUGUAGGCCUUCAUCACCACAUCUGAAGAAAUGUCUCAGUGGAUAAGAGUGCUUGCUGCUGAAGAAUGAGGAUUGUUGGGAUCUCAGCACCAGUAGGAAAAACUGGAAAGCUGGGCCCCAGAUGGAAGAGUUGGAAACGUGUCAACUGUUCCCUGAAGGGCAUUGAGAAAACACUGGCAGGAAGAAGAAGUUGGUUGUGAGAAAAGGGUGCCAGCAAUGCCUGGAUCGCCUGUGGAAGUGAAGAUACAGUCAAGAUCCUCACCUCCCGUCAUGCCACCCCUCCCACCAAUAAAUCCCGGAGGACCGAGGCCAGUGUCCUUUACUCCUACAGCAUUAAGCAAUGGCAUCAACCAUUCCCCUCCUACCCUGAAUGGUGCCCCAUCACCACCACAGAGAUUCAGCAAUGGUCCUGCCUCUUCCACAUCAUCUGCACUAACAAAUCAACAGUUGCCAGCUACUUGUGGUGCUCGGCAGCUCAGCAAGUUGAAACGCUUUCUCACUACUCUGCAACAGUUUGGCAAUGACAUCUCACCUGAGAUUGGGGAGAAGGUUCGGACUCUUGUUCUAGCACUGGUGAACUCAACAGUGACAAUUGAAGAAUUCCAUUGCAAGCUCCAAGAGGCUACAAACUUUCCUCUUCGUCCAUUUGUGAUUCCGUUUCUCAAGGCCAACCUGCCCCUGCUGCAGCGAGAACUGCUGCACUGUGCCAGGGCUGCCAAGCAGACCCCAUCCCAGUACUUGGCUCAGCACGAGCACCUUCUGCUCAACACCAGUAUUGCAUCUCCUGCUGACUCUUCUGAACUGCUUAUGGAGGUUCAUGGAAAUGGGAAGAGGCCCAGUCCAGAAAGGAGGGAAGAGAAUAGUUUUGAAAGAGAUACAGUUCCUCCUGAACCACCUGCCAAGAGAGUGUGUACUAUCAGCCCUGCUCCCCGGCACAGUCCUGCCCUCACUGUGCCCCUCAUGAAUCCUGGGGGCCAGUUCCAUCCUACCCCACCACCUCUUCAGCACUAUACUUUAGAAGACAUUGCAACUUCUCACCUGUAUCGGGAGCCCAACAAGAUGUUAGAACACCGAGAAGUUCGUGAGAGGCACCACAACCUUAGUCUGAAUGGAGGCUAUCAAGAUGAGCUGGUAGACCACCGUUUGACAGAAAGGGAAUGGGCUGAUGAAUGGAAACAUCUUGACCAUGCCCUGAACUGCAUUAUGGAAAUGGUAGAGAAAACAAGGCGCUCCAUGGCGGUUCUGAGGCGCUGUCAGGAAUCUGAUCGUGAAGAACUCAACUAUUGGAAAAGGCGAUUUAAUGAAAACACAGAGAUGAGGAAAACUGGGACUGAGCUGGUCUCCAGACAGCACAGCCCCGGGAGCACAGAUUCGCUCAGCAAUGAUUCUCAGCGGGAAUUCACCAGUAGGCCAGGAACAGGAUAUGUACCUGUGGAGUUCUGGAAGAAAACAGAAGAAGCUGUGAAUAAGGUGAAAAUUCAGGCCAUGUCAGAGGUGCAGAAGGCUGUAGCUGAGGCGGAGCAAAAAGCUUUUGAAGUGAUUGCAACGGAGAGGGCUCGAAUGGAGCAAACCAUAGCGGAUGUCAAAAGGCAGGCUGCAGAAGAUGCUUUCCUGGUCAUCAAUGAGCAAGAAGAGUCCACAGAGAACUGCUGGAACUGUGGCCGAAAAGCUAGUGAGACCUGCAGUGGCUGCAAUAUUGCUCGCUACUGUGGGUCCUUCUGCCAGCACAAGGACUGGGAACGGCACCACCGCCUCUGUGGCCAGAGUCUACACGGCCACAGUCCCCACAGCCACACCCGGCCACUGCUCCCCGGAGGGCGGGGCUCAGCCAGGUCUGCUGACUGCAGUGUGCCCAGCCCAGCCCUGGACAAGACCUCAGCCACCACCUCACGUUCCUCAACACCUGCCUCUGUGACAGCCAUCGAUGCCAAUGGACUCUGAGCCACGGACUCCACCCUGAUGACCACUCCACAUGGCAGAAUGCUCGCACCAGGGAGCUGGCAAUUAGAACAAGUAGCCAUUGAGUCAUCAACAAGAAACAAAUUGGCAAGAAGCACUCCACAGCUUCUCUAGGAUUGGCCACGUGUCCUUGGGAGAACUAGUGUGUCAGUCUCUGCACAUAGGAAGUAGCUUGAGCUGCCUCCACCAUGGCUUUCCCGAUGUUUCUCUUCCAGCGAAAACUGGCAUAACCGGCCCUUCCUAGUGUAGACCACCAGCUUCCUCUGCCUCCUUGCAUCAGCAGAUUGUCUCUAGUGUCCCACCAGGCACCUGUGCCCAUACCAUCCAUAGUAGAGGCCUGAAGGCCGGGAGCAGGCUAAGGGAGGAGACUUUUCCUCCCCUGCCUCCAGUUGCUUGAGCCUCAUCUCCACCCUCAAGAGACACUGAUUGGUCUAACAGACUCAAGUAGCCAAAAGCAGUACUCAGGACUCCUUCCUGAGCCACUCAGACAUGCCACAAAGAAGCCACCACUUCAGUAAAGUCUCUAGCAAUGGUAAUAAAUUAAAGCAGUCUUCCCCAAGCAUCAUAAAUAAUUCUGGACAAGAUUUUCCAAACUGGCCAGCUCCAUUAGUUUGGAACCCAUCCUCCAACUCCAGUGUUUCACUUGAUUUUGCUCGUGCAAAAAAUAAUCUCCAUCGCAUGGAUUGGUCUGAAAGAGGAUGAAACCAUUGUGUUAGUCUUUUCUCUGAGCAUGUUGGCCAAACUAAACUAUUGAGUGCAUCACCUCUUGGAAAUGCAAAACCCUCUGCUGCUGCUUGACUGUUUGAACAGUCAUCUUGUUCUGUGUGUCCUUUGCUCUCUCAGAGUGUGCAUGUCUGGAUCACUGUGGGUAUCUCUUGCCCAUAGGUUCUGUUUGGUACCUGUCAGGCUGCAGUUUGAGCAGUGCUCCUGACCCUGGUGGGGUUAUCACACCUGGUUUUGUGGCAUUACACCCCUUCGUGGGUUCAUUAUCAGGUGAACAUUCUCAGUCUCCUUUUUCUGUGUUAUGUGUUUGAUAUCAUCCCUCACAGCUCGAAAGAGUUUGUGAAGUAUGGGAACCAUUUUGAAAAGCCUAACUGGUUUCUCUUCCCAUCUUCAGGGAUUUUUUUCCAAUACCCUGAUUCGUCAAAUAGAACAUCAUCUGUGCCCUAUUCAUCAGGCUAAGUACUGCUAUUUGAGGUUUGAAGGAGCCUGAGGACCUUGCCCCUACCAUUCAGUAUCCUCCAGAAUCCUCUUGCCCUGUACAGUCAAUUAGGAUGAGUCAUUGACUUGAUCCUGUUGGCUUUUAGAAGCUGUGGUCACCUUCUGUACAAUGACCAAGCCUGAAUACUAGCCCCUUGUCCCAUAAAGGCAUGGAUGGUAUUGUACUUGCAUAUAGUUACAACUGAUUUUAAGAUUUUUGAGUCCCUGCUGGGCAGUGGUGACACAUAUCUUCAA